CAAGAACAGGUACAACUUAUAUAUCAACAGAUUGUAAACGCGGCUAGUUUUCAAAAGUGAUAGUAGUUGUAGCUGUUAUGAAAAGCAGUUAUGUACCUAAUAAUCAUCGCCCUGCUUGCAAGUGUGUCCGCUUUUCUUUUUCCAAACUUGGAGGACAAACUAACCGAGUUCCAUAUGGACUCCUGCGCAAAGAAGGUACUCCAACUUAUGCCCAAUCUGCGCACCCUGGAGCUGGAGAACUGCAACAGUCCGGACUUCACCAUGAACGACCUGAAUCAUUUACUGACCGCAACUGAUAUUCCCAAACUUCUAAUGGGCAUGUGGCGACUGCAACGACUGGAUCUAUCCAAGAAUCUCAUAGGGAAGUACGCAGCCGCCGGAAGCGACAAUACGAGCGAGCUCUUUAUACUCCCCAAUCUUAUGCAUAUGAACCUAUCGGGAAAUCGCCUGCCGUUCGAUUCGCCAAUUCCAUGGGAAAGGCUUACUCAUUUGGACGCUUCGUAGAAUAGAAUAUAUGCUCCCCCAAGGAUCGGCAUUAACGAAGCUUUCAAUCUUGAAAAUUUGCACCUGGAGGGAAAUUAUAUUAAUUAUUUUCAAUUCACAACCUGGAAACCUCAUCCAAGUCUGAAAGAGGUUGCUCUAUACGAUAACAAAUUCAAGCCUGAGGGCUAUAAAAAUAUUACAAAGUUCUUCAAUAAAAUUGGAGUAAACGUCUUAGAGAAAACGCACUCCAACAACGCGAGUCCAACUUGUAUGCCUUGUAUACCAGAUGCCAGAGAUUUUCCUAUUAGUAUAAGAUCCGACACAAACCAAGAAAUCGACAUAGAUACCAAAGUUAAUCCUUUAAGCAACGACACUUAUCGAAAAUGGAACGUUUGGCAUGUACUGAUGCUAGUUUCCCUGAUUGUUUCCUUGUUCCUCAACUCUUUUCUAAUCGUGCAACUCAUUCGUUUGAGAGGAAGAAACCAGUUUACGCAAUCAUCAUCGGAACCUGCCGUAAUUAAUAUGCCUUCAAACUAUUCUGAUGAUGUAAUUAUGCUGUAAUAUAGUAAUUGUACUUAACAUGUAUAUAUGAAAACUGUUCCUCAAAUAAUAAUAAUGAAUCUCUGGGAUUUUUACUACAAUGCG